GCCUUAACCCCGGCCCUCAAGGUCACGCAAUAUUCAAGCUGAUCUUUACUCACACACGUGCUAUGAUUUAACAAGCUUGUUUUUGUUCAAAUGGUAUUCAAAGAUCACGGAAAAGUUGAUGAUGAUAAGGUAGAUAAUAAAAAGCAUCGACCACGUAAAAGUGGACGUAAAGCUGAGAAGAAGGAACCUCGCGAUGAAGAAUCAGCCAGAAAAAAUAAUCCCAAGGCCUUUGCUGUUCAGCAUACAACUAAGGCAUCACGUCUAGUGCAAAGAACGCUUGAUCACCAGACUAAGCGACACCAUAUAUUACACUCCAGAUAUGUGUCUCAAGUACCCGCACCGUACGUAGUUGCAGUGGUUGGACCUCCGAAAUCUGGUAAAAGCACACUUCUACGUGGCUUGUUAAAACACUUCGCGCAUUUAUCGCUUGGUGUUCUGAAAGGUCCAGUGACAGUAGUUGUUGGUAAAAAAGAAAGAUUCACUUUUAUCGAAUGUGGAUGUGAUAUCAACAGUAUGUUAGAUGCUGCUAAAAUCGCUGAUGUAGUUCUACUGCUUGUAAAUGUUCGUGCUGGACUUGAAAUGUAUCACUUUGAAUUCAUUAAUAUGGUACAAGCACACGGAAUGCCAAGAGUCAUUCCUGUUUUAAACCAUUUGGAUACUUUCAAAGAUUCUAGUUCUUCGCGUGCAUUGCGAAGGAAGAUAAAACAUCGUUUAUGGACGGAUCUAAACUCAAAGAUUUUUCUGCUGUCACGUUUUCAGCCAAAGAAAUAUGCUUCACACAGAGCUGAUGAACAAAAUUCCGAUGAAACUCCCGGCGAUUAUUUGUUAAAUGAAGUCCGUCGUCUUGGUCGCUUAAUCAUGGUUAAAACUCCGAGACCAUCAGAUUGGCGUAGCUCUCACCCAUACUUGUUGAUUGAUCGUAUAGAAGAUAUAACUGAUGAAAAAUUGCUGUCUGAUGACGAGAACUCUGAUCGUUGUAUUAGUUUAUAUGGAUGGGUACGUGGUGCUCCUUUGCCGCCUGCAUUAACAUCGCCUGGAAUACAUAUAGCAGGACUUGGUGAUUUCGCUUUAGCUGAUUGUACUCAACAACCUGAUCCAUGUCCUUUGCCUGGUCGAUCGAAUCAAAUGAAUGCCGGUGAAGGGGUUAAAACAACAAAACAUUUGUCUGAACGUGACAGAAAGAUUUACGCUCCAAUGUCUAGUCUUGGUGGUGUUUUAUUUGAUCGUGAUGCAACUUACAUUGAUCUCGGUGGUAGUCAUUACCUGACGAAUCGUAAAUCUCGACAUGGAAAUAGCAGUAAUGAUAAAAAUAAUCAACCGACAAGUGUCAGUCAGUCAAUGUUAGACGAAUUACGCGCGACUUUCGAUGAAAUUGGAGGUCUUGAUGAACAGCUGGAUAAAACGCAUAAAGUACGUAUGAUUAAUGAUGCACCAUUAUUGUCUGGCGAAAGCGAUGACGAUGAUGAUGAAGAUGGAGUAUCGAAUGCCAGUUCUACAGAUGACGAUGACGAUAGUGGUGAUGAUGACGAUGAUAGCGCUGAUGUAACCAUGGAAGAUGAAACCAAUAAACAAACCGAUGGGAUACGUGUAUUCUCUGAAGAGCCAAUUGCAGGAUUCCUUGUACCAGCUGGUUUUCAGGAGGAGAAGAAGAAGGAGGUUGAUAAAAAUCAACAAGAUCCAUCAGUAUUGAAAAGUGCACAUAUGAAAGUGAAACAAAUACUAGACGAGAUUGAAUGGAAGUCGACAACAGCUUCGUUAGUCAACUGGAACCGGCUGGUGUAUGGAAUGAAUAAUGAUGGCAAUGACAGUUUACCUAAACAGUCUAGUGAUUCAUUUGUCGGAGAUCAUGAUUUCACGCUUGGUUCAAUUCAUAAAUCAACUACUAUCUCCUGGGAGGAUGUAUCAUCUCACGAGUUAAUUUGUAAUCGUUUUACAACUGGUCAAUGGGGUGAACAUGAAGAUGCGAAUACACUGUUGGAGAAAGACAUGAAAGCGCGUAAAGCCAUUGAACUGGAUGAGGCUAGAAAACAUGCUACUGCCUCUCAAAGCAAGGUCGAGUAUACCAGUGAUAGAAAAAAGUAUCUGUCUGAUUCAGAGGAUUACGAUGACAAUAAUGAUGAUGCUCUUGGUGGUGGUGAGGACGACAGUGAUGAAGAUUUUAAUAUGGAUAUCGACAAAAGUGAAGCUUUCGAUGAUUAUGAUGAUGAAGAUGACGAUGAUGAUGAUUCGGAUCAAGGUGAUGAUGAAAAUAUUUUUCAUGAUUCAAAUUCUGAUGAUGAUGAGGAGAAUGUUGACGGUGGGGAUAUGAAGAGCAAAUCAAAAGAUACAAAGAUUUUAGAAAGUGAAUAUGACAAGAAUCUACUAAGACCAACUAAACGUCAAAAAUUAUUAGAGAAAAGACAACGGCAUAAGGCACUAUUCAAUCAGUUGUAUGAAGCAGCUGGUGGUGGCCCUGAAGCAACUGCAUUCUACGAUAAACUAGUUGCUGCACGUGAAGCUCAACAAGCCUUGAAUCAAGAAGUGUUAAAAAGUCUACCAGAAGAAGUUGCCAGCCGCCUGGAAGGUUUUCCACCUGGAGCUUAUGUUCGUCUUGAAAUUAGAGGUGUUCCAAGUCAGUUUAUAAAACGUUUUGAUCCUUGUCAACCAUUGGUCGCUGGCGGCUUGUCAAGUGCUGAAGAAGCCUUUGGUCAUCUGCUGAUACGUUUCCGUACGCAUCGUUGGCUUAAACGUGUUCUCCGGUCGAAUGAUCCCUUGACUGUGUCUAUCGGUUGGCGUAGAUAUCAAACUGUUAGUGUUUUUUCCCAGGAAGAGCAUAAUUUACGUAAACGCUAUUUGAAAUAUUCCCUACCGCAUGAACAUUGUCUAGCGACUAUUUAUGGUCCAUUAGUCCCACCAAAAACUGGUGUUAUCGCUUUUGUCAACUCUGCAUGGCAGUCAAUAGAUGAUCCAAAAAAUCCUUAUCUACCAGCAUUUCGUGUUGCUGGUACCGGAACAGUGAUUGAUUCAAAUAAAUCAUUUCAAAUUAUGAAAAAGUUGAAGUUGAUCGGUGAACCGUUUAAAAUAUUCUCUAAGACGGCUUUUAUUCGUGGCAUGUUUAAUAGUUCACUGGAAGUGAGUAAAAUGAUUGGUUGUCGGAUACAAACUGCAUCGAAGAUACGUGGUUUAAUCAAAGCUGCAUUGACUAAUCCGUCAACAUCGAAACCUGGUGAUUUUCGAGCAACAUUUGAAGCACAAAUUAGAAAAGCUGAUAUCGUUUUCUUACGAACUUUCUUCGCUGUUGAAUUGCCUAGAUAUUAUAAUCCUGUACUGAAUCGAUUAGUCCCUAUUGCUGGUGAAAAGUCUACGCAGCAUUCAGGUAGCGGCGGCGGCGGCUGGCGACUACUUCGUACACUAGGUGAACUGAAAUGGGAAGCUGGCAUUAAAACAGAGAGUAAACCAGAUUCUCAGUAUAAGCCAAUUAAUCGUCCAAUCUAUGUGCCUGCACCUUUACGUGUACCAACUAAACUAGUCGCUGCACUUCCAUUUGCGCAUAAACCAAAACCAUCUCGUAAAGAAGCAUUGGCAAUGCUUGGCGGUGAUCCUGUAAAAGCUGCACUGAAUGCUGAAUUACCACCACCAGUGAAGACAAUGGAUGAAAUGGAAUCUGGUGAAUCAAGACAAGAGGUGAUUGCACGUCUUCGUCAACUGCACACCGAUUUUCUACACCGUCAAAAAGAGAAAAUGGUCAAUCGUGUGACAAAGCAUAAAAAACAGCUGGCUAAAGUGAAUGCUGUUAAGGCAGUCAAUGAACGUAAACGUCGGAAAGAAUAUUUUGCGCGUAAAUCUGGUAGGAAAGGAGGAAGUCGUUUUUCUAAGGGUGGUGAUGAAUAGUAAAAAGAUUGAAGAAACCUUCUUAAAAAUCUUGUACAGAAUAAUAAAUUCACA